GCCAUGCCGAAGUGUCGACGCCAUUUCGAGAAUUGGCGUGAUUCUCAAGCGACGUUUUCGAACUCCAAAGAAAAGAGAGAUAAAGAAAAAGAAAAGAGUAAUCCCACAGAUUCUGAUUUGACUUUUGAAUUUAAUUUUCCCUCGAUAUUUAUCCAAAUUCAAAACCCAAUUUUAUGCUUCAUUGAUGAAUCUCAGCCGUACGUUUGAUUCAACUCCGACUCUCUGCGACUGCUCCACUACUUCUCUCUUCCUCCUAUAAGUCUGUGUGUCCGGCUGUUUCUCUCCUUCUUCCUGUGGUGGGAUCGCCGAUUCAGGGGUCGAAGAUUUGUUGAUUUCUUGAUACAGAAACCGACAGCCAUGUCCGGUGGUAUUGCACGAGGUCGUCUUGCGGAGGAGCGGAAAUCGUGGCGGAAGAAUCAUCCGCAUGGUUUUGUUGCGAAACCGGAGACUAUGCCUGAUGGAACGGUCAAUUUGAUGAUUUGGCAUUGCAUUAUUCCUGGCAAAGUUGGGACAGACUGGGAGGGUGGCUUCUUUCCCCUUACACUCAACUUCAGUGAGGACUACCCAAGUAAGCCACCAAAGUGUAGAUUUCCUCAGGGUUUCUUCCAUCCUAACGUGUACCCGUCAGGAACGGUCUGCCUGUCAAUUCUCAAUGAAGAUAGUGGGUGGAGACCAGCCAUAACUGUUAAACAAAUUCUUGUUGGGAUCCAGGAUUUGCUGGAUCAACCAAAUCCUGCUGAUCCUGCUCAGACAGAAGGUUAUCAUCUCUUCAUCCAGGAUGCUGUUGAGUACAAGAAGAGGGUUCGCCAACAAGCCAAGCAGUAUCCACCUCUGGUGUAAAGCUGAAUGUGGGGUUCACACUAAACUUGUUGAUACUCUUAUGAAUGAUGAUAUUAGCAGCCAGUUGCCACUGAUUGAAUCAACUUCUAAAACUGACUCGUUUUAUAGAUCUUGAUGAUAUGUGGUGCACAUUUGAAUUGUGUCAUGAUAAUCUUUGAAACUUUUAGAGUGUUUCCCAGAUAUGGACCCAAACUUAUGUGGAUAAUUAUAUUGGUAAACAUGUCAACAACAGCCUUGUGUGCUGCACAUGGUGUUCAUAUUGUGAAGUUGUGGUUUUCUGCUCUGAAAUGUGUAUGAAAGAACGGGUUUUUCUC